UAUACUAAUUUAUAUAAUUAAAAAUUGAAAGAGAGGAAACUUAAGAUGUCUCAUGAUAAGAUAUGGUCGACAUCAACAGGAUCAAAGCAAAAUACCGCGCAGCAUCUCUCCUACUGACAAUGAAAAACACUAUCUCAAUCAAUAGAAUCUUCGAUAAGAGCCAAACAGGAUAGAGUCACCACUAUAAAAAGAGCUUGUGCCACAUUUUCGGUCAUCAUUAGUCUGAAUUCCAAGUCCAGUCAAGAUGAGAGCACAAUACGUCCUUUUGGCUUGCCUUGCCCUCCUGGCUGUCUCCAUUGAAGCAGCCUCCAUACAAUCAGCGGCUAGCAACGACCUUUAUCGUCGCGUUGUCUGUGUGAAUAAGCCGAAUGGAUUCCGUACUCUUCAACCUGAUAGUUGCUCGCAGUACUUCGAAUGCUUGGCUGGUGUUGCUGUGCAAAAAACAUGUGAACGCUUCUAUGAUCCCAAUGUACAGCGUUGUGUUAACUACAACACCGGUUGCAUCGAGGUAAAACAGUUGAGCGACUUGAAACCUAUCGCUGGCAAUGUGGUAGCAGCAGAGCCGUGUGAAACGACAACUCCUCCUUGUGUUGAGACUACAACUCCUACUUGUGCUGAAACUACAACCACCACCUGUGCACCACCAGCAACACUGACAACAACCACAACAAAAACAACUACAACAACAACGCCCAAGACAACCACAACAAAAACAACCACUUGCACCACUCCAACAACAACCACAACAAAAACAACUACAACCACAACAAAAACAACUACAACAACUACACCCAAAACAACCACAACAACAACGACCACCUGCACCACACCAACAACAACCACAACAAAAACAACUACAACAACUACACCCAAAACAACCACAACAACAACGACCACCUGCACCACACCAACAACAACCACAACAAAAACAACGACUACACCCAAAACAACCACUUGCACCACACCAACAACUACAACAAAAACAACGACAACAACUACGCCCAAAACAACCACAACAACAACAACCACUUGCACCACACCAACAACAACCACAACAAAAACAACGACAACGACAACAACCACUUGCACCACACCAACAACUACAACAAAAACAACGACAACAACUACGCCCAAAACAACCACAACAACAACAACCACUUGCACCACACCAACAACAACCACAACAAAAACAACGACAACGACAACAACCACUUGCACCACAACAACAACAACGACAACAACUACGCCCAAAACAACCACAACAACAACAACCACUUGCACCACAACAACAACAACUACAACAAAAACAACGACAACAACUACGCCCAAAACAACCACAACAACAACGACUACCUGCACCACAACAACGACAACCACAACAAAAACAACGACAACGACAACAACCACUUGCACCACAACAACAACAACAACUACAACAAAAACAACGACAACAACUACGCCCAAAACAACCACAACAACAACAACCACUUGCACCACACCAACAACAACCACAACAAAAACAACUACGACAACUACACCGAGGACAACAACGACCACCUGCACCACACCAACAACAACCACGCCGAAAACAACCACUUGCACUACACCUACAACAACCACGUGCACAACAACAACCUGUGCUCCCCCUAAGACAACGCCCUGCUCAUCUUAGGAACGGAAAAACUUUUCCCAGUCAGAGCACAAAAUAUUACAUUCCUCUUAUUGUGGCUAUAUGAAAACGUGUUAAAUAAACAGUGCAGAGUAUUCAAA